AUGAAUUUCUCGUCGUAUUUCUUCUCCUCCUCCUCGUCGUCGGACAAGAAGUCGUCGUCGUCGUCGUCCAGCAAGCGCCGGCAGCAGCAGCCGGACGCCAACACGACGCGGUACCUGGGCGUGCGGCGGCGGCCGUGGGGCCGGUACGCGGCGGAGAUCCGCGACCCGGCCACCAAGGAGCGCCACUGGCUCGGCACCUUCGACACCGCCGAGGAGGCCGCCGUGGCCUACGACCGCGCCGCGCGCUCCCUCCGCGGCGCCCGCGCGCGCACCAACUUCGCCUACCCGGACCUCCCGCCGGGCUCCUCCGUCACCCCCUACCUCUCCCCGGACCUCACCUCGGGUGACAACGCCGGACAGCUCCUCCAGCCCUUCUACGCCGACCCCGCCGCGUCCCUGACGGCGGCCGCCCAGGCCGCGAACGGCGGCGGCGGCGCUGGGUUCGGCCUCGGCGCCGGCGGCGACUACGCCUCCUCCUACGGCUACAGCGCCGAGGACAUGUCCGCGCUGAUGGACGACCUCGCCAUACCCGACGACCUCCCCGCCGACGAUUACGGCGUCGACGCCGGCGGCGCCAUGGACCUGACCUCCGUGUACGGCGGCGCAAUCGGCGCCAGCAAUGCCAGCGCCGGCGGCGGCGGGGGCGGGUGGUGCGACGCGUCGGAGCUCAGCGCGUACGGCGCGUCGGCCACCGCCUCGCAUGGGGUCUACUUCGAGGAGGGGUACGUGCACAGCCCGCUCUUCUCGCCGAUGCCGGCCGCCGACGACGCCUGCGCCGACGGCUUCCAGCUCGACGGCUCCUCGUCGUCCUACUACUACUGA